AUGAGCUUUACAGAGGAGCCGAUUCAGGGACGGAUUGUCUGGACGCCGCCGCCGGGCGAGGCGCGCCUGGACAAGUUCCGCGAGCGUGUGAACAAGGAGCACAGCCUCGAUCUGAAGACGUACGCCGAUCUGCACAAGUGGAGUGUCGAGCACCUCGGUCCCUUUUGGCAGGCGGUCUGGGACGAGAUCGGCGUCGUGUCCUCCGUGCAGGCGCCGGAAGUCGUGCCGAAGGACGCGCCCAUGUUUCCGCCUGCCGAGUGGUUCUUUGGUGCGCGCCUCAACUUUGCGGAAAAUAUCCUGCACCACGGCCGCGACGCGGACAUCGCGCUGAUCUCGUGCACAGAGCGCGCCGAGGACACGCGCAAAAUGACCUACAAGGAGCUGCGUGAGCACGUCGCGAGUGCGGUGCGCGCGCUGCGCAAGAUGGGUGUCACGGUCGGCGACACGGUCGCGAGCUACGCGAGCAACACGGCGGAAAACAUGAUUGCGUUCCUCGCUGCGAGCGCGGUCGGCGCGGUGUGGACGAGCGUCGCGCCGGACUUUGGCACUGCGGGUGUCCUGGAGCGCCUGCUUACCGUGCGGCCCAAGGUGCUCUUUAGCGUGAACGCGGUGCUGUACAACGGCAAGCUCCACGACCACACGGCCAAGCUCAACUCGACCAUUGCCGGCAUCCUCGCCGAGCAGGACCGCGAGGCAAAGGGCGAAGGCGAAGACGGCGAGGAGCCGCGCGCAAAGCGCGCGCGCCACGAGCUGCGCGCGGGCCUCGAGCAUGUGAUCGUCAUCCCCUACCCGGGCUCGCACCCCGAGGCCAACGACCGCCCGGACGGCGUGCAGGGCGAGGAGGACGGCCAUGGCCUGACGCGCCACCUCUGGGCCGACUUUCUCGCGAGCGGAGCGCCGGAGAAGGGCGAGGCGGCGUCGACGAUCGAGUACGAGCAGCUCGACUUUAACCAGCCGCUCUGGAUCCUCUUUUCCUCCGGCACAACCGGCAAGCCCAAGGCGAUUACGCACCGUGCGGGCGGAAUGCUCUUGCAGUUCGGCAAGGAGCACCUGCUGCUCGGCGGCCUGAGCCGCGACGACGUCUUUUUCCAGCACACCACGACCGGCUGGAUGAUGUGGAACUGGCUCGUGGGUUCGCUCUUGAGCGGGUGCCCCGCGGUGCUGUACGACGGCUCGCCGGCUUUCCCCACCGGCGUGCUCUGGGAGCGCGCGGCGGAGCUCGGCAUCACCGUCUUUGGCACCUCGGCCGCAUACCUCUCCAUGAUCGAGCGCCGCGGCUACGAGCCCAAGGAGCUGCACGACAAGCUCAAGGUCCGUGCAAUUCUCUCCACGGGCUCGCCCCUUCGUGCCGAGCUCUACCUCUACUGCGAAAAGCUCGUGGGGCACAAGGUGCAGGUCGGCAGCAUCACUGGCGGCACGGACCUCUGCUCGCUCUUUGCCUCGAACAACGUCACGCUCCCUGUGCGCGCAGGCGAGCUGCAGUGCAUUGCGCUCGGCAUGGACGUCGACGUGUUUGACUCGCAGGGCGAGCGCGUGCCGGACAUGGUCGAGGGCGACCUUGUGUGCAAGAAGCCGUUCCCUGUGCAGCCGCUCGGAUUCUGGCGCCAGCCGAACGAGCGCUACCGCGACAGCUAUUAUACCCAGUACCCAGGCGUCUGGUACCACGGCGACCUGGUCAUGCGCUCGCCGCACGGCGGCCUCGUCAUGCUCGGCCGCUCCGACGGUAUCCUGAACCCCAGCGGAAUCCGCUUUGGCAGCGCCGAGAUCUACGAGGUGCUCGAGAGCUCCGAGGCGAUCGCCGAGACCUCACCGCUCUCCAAGAUCAGCGACUCGCUCGUGGUCGCGCUCAAGACCCCGGCCAAGGACGACGAGGUCGUGGUCCUCUUCCUCGUCACGCCAGACGAGGCGGACUGGAAUGCGGUUGAACAAGAGGCGCGCCGCAUCAUUCGUGCUCAGCGCAGCGCGCGCCACGUCCCUACGUACAUUCGCCGCGUCAAGGGAUGCCCCAAGACGCUCAACGGGAAGCGCGUCGAGGUGCCUGUGAAAAAGCUGAUCAAUGGCGCACCCCUCAGCACCAUCAACCAAUCGACUCUCCUUAAUCCCGAGGUACUCGACGAGUACAUCGCGCUCGGCCAGGCCCUCCGCGCGGACCUCGCCGCAAAGGCGCCCGGCCCCGCCAAGUAG